AUGUUUGUGCCCACUUUGUAUCUGAAGCUGUUGCUAUUGGCCAACUUUGCAAAACAAUCUUUCGCCCAGGAACUUCAGUUAAUCGACGACACAAACUUAACAUAUUUAGAAAAAGCACCACCAAUCGACUUGCGGACUAAUGUAUAUGAAAGGGAAUUGAAUCGGGAGGACAUGGCUCUCAUUCGAUAUUUAGGGAGUGCAAAGUUAGUGAUCUAUUAUGCGGACUUGGAGCUGGCACUUGGGGUCUUGUUGAACUAUGAGAUAACGGUGCAUGAUAUCCUCGGAGGAGAGGGUCUUCGAGUUAUGAGGCAGCUCCUUGACACCCUGUGUACCUUACAACCCCUAAGCACACCCCUCCAACUUCAAUUUCUCAAGGAUUUUAAAAAAUAUCUGAUCUGUGGUGUUCGGUUCUUUGGAUUCGAGAUACACGAAUGGAUAGUUGACUACGAGGAGAAAAAUGGCAAGGUGUUUGCUGCCACGGACUACGUGGGAUGCCAUGGAUCAAAGCCGGAGUUAAGGGGCUGGACCUGCACCCUGUGGCAGCUUUUUCACUUCAUGACCGUCCAGGGAUCCGACCUUGGAGAGGGAUUCUUCCGGCCACCCUACGAAGCUGGCGAUAUGGUCAAGCUGAUUAUGAAUAUCGUCAAGAACUUUUACGCCAGAUGCCCGGAUUGCUGUGAAUUCUUUGUGGACAUGGCGAAAGAAAAGAAAUACGAUUGGUUUAAAUACCAUGACGAAGAGAUCAUGUGGCUGUGGGAAUUUCACAACGCUUUUUCAAAAAAAGUAGGCGGUCUGGGUCUAGAUCCAUUCUUUAAGAAAGUAGCGUUUCCCAGUACAAAAUACUGUAAAAAGUGCCAAACUAAGAACUUCAAAUGGCGAAAAGAUGUUAUCUUGAGAUAUUUAAAGCACAUUUACCAAAAAAAGAAUCUGAGCAAGUUUCGACUUAAAGGUAAGGAUGGCGAGACGAGGCGAACAGGUCUUUUUAUGAAUUCGCGGGAUAGCGUUGGAAAAAAUAUGACUGAGCUUUUAAAAUCCUCCAAAAGAAGUCGAAAAGAUAAAUGUAUGAAACGGUAA